CAAACGGUUUUAGGUGUCAAGGUGUAUUUCUAGCCGAGAACAGAUCGGGUGCCUUAUGAGAAAAUACGCCGAAGAGUGAUCGUUGAUUCGUCAUGGAAGACAAUAAUUUGAUACGUGUCAAACUAAUUAAGCGGAGACAAGAUGGAUUGGGGUUUCUCAUACGUCCCCGGAAAACAUCACCAUUUGUUAGCAUCUCAGCUUUGGUGGCCGGGGGGAUGGCAGAGCAGAGUGGGUUGGUCCAAGUCGGUGAUGUCAUAACCCGCGUUAACGAGAUUGACGUAUCAGAAACUAGCUAUGAACAUGCAGUAGAAUUGUUAAAGGCUUUGCCAAUUGACGCCCCCGUUGCCCUUCUAUUACGAGGACCUGAUGGACACACCACGCACCUGGAAACUACCUUUCUGGAAAGCGGUGUCCCUAAGACUAUAAGAGUUACUAAAGUGCUACCUACAAAUGAUUCUCUUGUGGGGCGCAUACGAAGAACUUUCAGUCGCUCUCGCUCCCAGUCCCCAUCUAAUUACAACAGAAACAAGUUAAACCGAAACAGCAAUAAACUCCCUAAUUCAUCAGCGGAAAAUUGUCUAAAUGAAACAACUGUUGAAGAAAACUGUUUCAUGUGCCCGAUUGAGAGACAUUUCCCCAUGAGUUCAGCAAAAUUAGUAGCUAGAAGCAGUGUAAUUGAUGCUGGAGUGCAAACGUCCACCGACUCGCAGAGUGAGAGCACUAUCCCACACUGUAACGGGGGAUCACCAUCCAUAGUAGUGACAAGAACAGACAAAUCUUCACAAGGACAAUCAACAAAAGAAGACAGAAACGUGAUAAAGAAAUCAGAGGUGUCAGAUUUGAAAAGAACAACAGAGUCCGACACUAAAGAGCCUAACGUUAAAGUAGCGCAGCAAGGCAUGGAAUCUAAAGCGGCAGCAAGUCCCACUACGACACUGAAGGUGAACGGGGCAUCUCAGAACGGCCAUACUAAUGGCUUCUUGUCAGAUGACGAGUCUCAUAGUCCUUCCACGAGAAGGAAGAGACCUGUGUCGGCAAAUUCCGCCAAAAAGUUCGUGAAGAUUAGAAAUGUUGCAGAUGAGAAGAUAGUAUAUACAGACACUUUACAUACCAAAUCUUUGGAGAAUGUUCCUUGCACCUCUAAUCGUUGUAUGGGAUCCAUCAUGGGGUUCACCACCAACAAACGGGCCCCCGGGGAGCCCCGCCAAAAGGAAGAGGUUUUACUACAGGCCAGAGAUUUUAUUGAACAAUACUACACGUCAAUCAAGAGAAUUAACUCCCAAUCAUACCAUAAACGGCUAGAAGAGGUUGUUGCUUCUAUAGAGAAGACGGGUACAUAUGAACUAACAUCCAGCGAACUGACGUUUGGCGCUAAAACAGCGUGGCGCAAUGCUCCAAGGUGUAUUGGACGAAUUCAGUGGAAUAAAUUACAGGUUUUUGAUGCUCGUCAUAUAACUACAGCUAGAGGGAUGUUUGAAGCCAUAUGUAACCACAUAAAAUACGGCACCAAUAAGGGGAAUAUUAGAUCUGCCAUAACUAUUUUCCCGCCAAGAACUGAUGAGAAACACGACUUCAGGGUCUGGAACGCCCAACUGAUAAGAUACGCGGGGUACAAACAACCUGACGGAUCUAUCAUAGGUGACCCCGCUAAUGUGGAAUUUACAGAGGUCUGUCUGAAGAUGGGCUGGAAAGGAAAAGGCGGUAUGUGGGAUGUUUUGCCUCUUGUUCUACAGGCAAACGGGAUGGACCCGGAAAUGUUUGAAAUUCCCUCAGACUUAAUUCUAGAGGUCCCAAUCAAACAUCCAAAAUUUCCUUGGUUGGCCGAGAUGGGGAUUCGCUGGUAUGCCCUACCGGCCGUGUCUUGUAUAAUGUUUGACUGCGGGGGACUGGAGUUCACAGCCGCGCCCUUCAAUGGCUGGUUCAUGGGGACAGAGAUUGGUGCACGUGACCUUUGUGAUGUUCAAAGAUAUAACCUUUUGAAACCCAUAGCUGAAAAGAUGGGAUUAGAUACGAAGAAAAGUUCCUCAUUGUGGAAAGACAGGGCCUUAGUAGAAAUUAACAUAGCUGUGUUAUACAGUUACCAGCAAACGGGCGUUACAAUCACGGACCACCACGCCGCAUCGGAGUCCUUUAUGAAGCACAUGGAGAACGAGCAGAAGACGAGGGGAGGCUGCCCUGCGGACUGGGUGUGGGUCGUCCCUCCCAUGAGUGGGUCUCUCACCGAGGUGUUUCACCAGGAGAUGUUGCUUUACAAACUCAAACCCUCGUAUGAAUAUAUGGAUGACCCAUGGAAGACACAUGUUUGGAAGAAAGAUCGCGAUAGAAAAGUCUCGGUAGACCGCCCUAAGCGGAAGUUUGGCUUCAGAGAACUAGCUAGGGCAGUUAAAUUCUCUGCUAAGCUGAUGGGCAAGGCUCUGGCUAGGAGAGUGAAAUGUACAAUACUGUACGCCACGGAAACAGGGAAAUCAGAGAGGUUCGCGCGGUCCUUGUGUGAAAUCUUCAAACACGCAUUUGAUGCCAAGGUUAUGAACAUGGAGGACUAUGAUCCGAUAUACUUGGAACACGAACAGCUGUUGUUAGUGGUAACCAGCACUUUUGGCAAUGGCGACCCACCAGAAAACGGAGAAGCUUUUGCUAAAAGUCUCCACGAGAUGAAAUCUCCUCAGAGCACCCAAAAUGGGGAACCUAUGUUCAUGUCUUAUUUCAAGAUGAGCACCAAAAGUGAAUCAGACGACAAGGGCGACACGUCACAAGAUACGGCGGGAAAUCUCGACGCAGACGUCGGGCCGCUGGCUAAUGUUCACUAUUCCGUCUUUGGUCUCGGAUCUAGGGCAUACCCGAAUUUCUGUGCCUUCGCUCACUUUGUAGAUAAUAUGAUUAACUCUUUAGGUGGUAUGAGGAUACAUAAAAUGAUGGAAGGGGACGAGUUGUGUGGUCAAGAAGAGUCAUUCCGUCAAUGGGCAGAGGAAGCGUUUAAGUCUGCUUGUGAGACAUUCUGUGUUGGUGAUGACUCUAGCAUCAGCGAAGCCACAAGCUCUUUGUCAAAAACGGACUUUACGUGGUCUCCUGGUAAAUUCAGGCUGACACCCGCUGACAAGGAACCUACAUUAACGGAAGCUUUAUCCAAGGUUCAUAAUAAAACAGUAAUACCGUGUAAACUGAUCGAGAGAACACAACUGCAAUCUCCGGAUUCAAGUCGACAGACUAUAUUAGUAAAAUUGGACACAAAUGGGGCCCCAGAGCUGGCAUAUGCACCUGGCGAUCACGUGGCUAUUUUCCCUACGAACUCUUUAGAUAUGGUAGAAUCUAUCCUCUCAAGGCUUCAGAACGCACCAUCGGCGGAUCAAAUAGUCAAAACAGAGAUACUACAAGAAAAAUCAACCCCUUUAGGUUCUUCAAAGGUCUGGGAGCCAGUAGAAAAGAUCCCAGUCUGUUCCCUGCGAACAGCUUUUUCUCGCUUCCUGGAUAUAACAACGCCUCCUUCUGUUAACAUGCUAAAGCAACUGGCGUCCCAAGCAACGCGAGAGAGCGACAAAAACAGACUAGAGAACCUUGCAAACGAUAUUCACGCAUAUGAAGACUGGAAACAUGAAAGGAACCCCAACCUGGUAGAGGUAUUCGAGGAAUUCCCCUCUCUCCGGGUGAACCCCACCCUUCUAAUGACACAGCUGCCACUACUUCAGCAGAGAUUUUACAGUAUCAGUUCCUCACCAAAGGCUUUCCCCGGAGAAAUCCACGCCACAGUGGCUGUAGUCAGAUAUAACACCAUGGGUGGAGUUGGUCCUGUGCAUGAAGGAGUGUGUUCAUCUUGGUUGAAUAAAUGUGACAUCGGUGAAUCUAUUCCCUGUGUAGUAAGAAUGGCACCGAGUUUCCAUCUUCCUGAUGACGCUACACUUCCGGUUGUGAUGGUUGGUCCAGGAACUGGAAUCGCACCUUUUAGAAGCUUCUGGCAGCAACGUAAAAUAGAACAGGAAAUGCUUCCUCCUCCUUCACAUGGAGAGAAGAAAGGAUGGGGGAUGAUGAGUUUAUACUUCGGUUGCAGACAGUCUACCAUGGAUCACAUCUAUGAGGCUGAAUUAAGCACAUGCGCAAAGGAAGGUGUUUUGUCCCAGGUGCAUGUUGCCUUAUCGCGUGAACCUGGAAAGAAAAAGGAAUAUGUGCAAGAUCUCUUGAAGAAAAACAGCCAACAAGUGUUUAACAGCAUAAUGAAGGAGGGCGGACAUUUUUAUGUGUGUGGUGAUGUAGGAAUGGCUUCGGACGUGACGACAACACUCGCCAAAAUAAUCCAGGAACACGGCAAAAUGACCGCCGAAAAGGCCCAAUCCUACCUCUUAAAACUUAAAGAAUCUAAUCGUUUCCAUGAAGACAUCUUUGGAGUGACUGUCAAAGCGGAAGUGACAGAUAGAGCACGUGACCAGGCCAAGAAAGCUUGGAAAUACAUCAACUCUACCAAUAAAACGACGAGAACUGACGAAGUCGUCACUCGGAUCCCCUCAGCGGAAAUUCCCAUCCAGAGCCGGAAGCCACGCCCACCUUCCAGAAAUCGCUGUCACGUGGGUUACACAGACAUGGAGAGUACUUUGUACGAGAGUUCCGAUUCUAUGUCCCCGGAACACUGACAAGUGGCCAAUUGCAAAGCGCCCUUCCUUGGGUUACCGAACUCUCUAAUUGAUUGUUGUAUAUUAUACCACUUACACUCCUU